UAUUUGGCUGAGACGAUUCAGAUCUUAGGGUUUCUUCUUCUUUUCUUUCUGUGGAGCCCCAUUGACCAUAGCCGCCAGCCAGAGAGAGAAGAGAAGCCUUCGAUCGUAGGUUUUCUUACCCUCCUUUCUCCCAAAUCGGGCCUUUCCGCUUCUCGAUUCGCUUCCGCAGCUGAGCGAUCUGGAAAACCCAGAAAAGAACCAACCGAACGUUUUAUAUUUUUCGGAUAAUCAAUCAAUUGAAGAUGUCUCGUUGCUUCCCUUUCCCCCCUCCUGGGUAUAGGGCACGUGGCGAGGCCUUGAUCAAAUCGAUUAAGCUCCGAGAGGAGAUGGAGAAAGCAGAGAAGGACCGGAGGGAGAAGAAGGAGAAGAAAAGGGAAAAGAAAGAGAGGAAAAGAGAGAAGAAGGAGAAGAAAGAGAGAAGGAAAGCGGAGAAAGAAAGGAAACUUAAAGACGGAGCAAGUGCCUGCCCUGGCACUGAUGAUGGCAAAAAGUUUAAGCUCAUCAACGAACUAAAGGAAACCAAAGCAGAUGGAAAAUUGCAAAAGGGUGAAGACAGUGAGAAUGAACAACAUGAGAGGAGUGGAAUUACAGAGGAACUUGACCUACCUGUCACUUCUGUGGAGCCUUGCUGCCUUUCUGACUGUACUCAAAGCAGUAAGAGAAAAAGGAGCUCCCCAGAAUCAACUCAUGAUCAUGGUGAGGAAGGAUCUGCUAUUAAAAUUCGACUUCCGUUGAGGAAGCAUAGAGAACCUGAAGAAUUGAAAUCCAAAUCAAAAUUUCAAGCGGGGUGUUCUUCUGGAAGUGUGGGGGAAACUGCAAAUUCCUUCACUAAAACUACACUUGGAAGUGAUCGUCAGUCACAAUGUCUCAGGAUUACAGAGCUGAAUCGGGUACUUGGAAACUCUGAUUCAAGACAUGGCAAAGCAAUGCAGAAUUCAGUUCAUGGAGAUGUUGUGGUCACUAAGAAUACCAUUGGAAGUAAUCGUCAGUCACAAUGUCACAGGACUACAGAGCCCAAACAUGUUAUUGGAAACUCCGGCAAAGUGAUGCAGAAUUCAGUUCAUGGAGAUGCUGCGGUCAUUAAGAAUACCAUUGGAAGUGAUCGUCAGUCACAAUGUCUCAGGACCACAGAGCCCAAACGGGUUCUUGGAAACUCUGGCAAAGUGAUGCAGAAUUCAGUUCAUGGAGAUGCUGCGGUCAUUAAGAAUUCCAUUGGAAGUGAUUGUCAGUCACAAUGUCUCGGGACCACAGUGCCCAAACGGGUUCUUGGGAACUCUGUCAAAGCGAUGCAGGCAGUUCAUGGAGAUGCUGUGGUCACUAAAAAGAACCUUGGAAGUGAUCAAUACCUCAGGGUUACAGAACCGAAACGGGUUCUUGGAAAUUCUGAUUCUAGAAAUGGCAAAGCAAAGCAGAAUCCAGUUCAUGGAGAUGCCGUUGUCACUAAAAAUACCUUUGGAAGUGAUCAUCAGUUGAAAAGUCUCGAGAUUACAGAGCCCAAACGGAUUCUUGGAAACUCUGAUUCUAAACAUUGCAAAGCGUUGCAGAAUUUGGUUCCUGGAAGUCAAAAAGUUGAAUCUUUGUACGAAUCUUUGUUACAGAUUCCACCACUAACGUAUGAUGGAUUGGACUCGGUAUAUGAUGAUUGGUUAUUUAGUUCUGAACCGAAAGAGUCAAGGCCCGUCUCGAAGAAACAGAAGUGUGAUUCUGAUGUCUUUCAGCUUUCAAAUUCUAUGUGGCCUCGUGCACAAUACUUGCCUGAGGUCGAAGUAUAUGCGUUGCCAUACGCAGUUCCGUUUUGAUUCUUUUGGAUUAUUUUUUGACAAUAGGUGGUAGUUUGAUGAAAGUAGGGAGCUGUUCUGUGUUCUAAUUGAGAACCGGUGGAUGAUUGUUUUUUUGAAAGAGAAAAACAAUUACAUGGCAUAUGGGCAAAGAUUGCGUUAAUAUGUUCAAACAUGAUCGAUGUAAUUUUGUCAUCCAUACUUGGCGGUAGUAGUAUUUGUAGAAUGCACAGACAUAAAUAUUAUAGUAGUAAAACAGUUUUUUAGCAAGUGAUUGCGAUUA